AUGCCAAUAGGUGAGUUAUGGAAGGUAUCUUUCGUUCUGGCACCGUCCUGUAGCCGUUGUACCGACGCUGUAAAUUUCUUUCGAGUAGCUGCGAAUGCGAGUGACUUCUUUUGGAUUCCCUUUAAAACCGACUGUGAAGAAUUGCUGGGCCGCUUCCAGCAAACGAUGUCGGUACGAUAUGAAGAAUUUGCCGCUAUAUGGAAAACCAUGGAUUUCUCCAGCGUGUUUUAUGGAUAUACCACGCGUCAUGAGAAGCGGGCCUUCAGUCGACUUGCCUUUGCCACAGUAUACAAUUACUUUUUGCCCCCGUACAGCUUUCAGAUCAGGGUUGGAGCAAUGUACAUGCUCUACGGUCUCUACCACACACAACUCGUCUGGCCUAAGGAAAAGGUCUGGAUUGCUCUGAAGGAUUGGGUGCAUGUCCAGAGGUUUGUCUCAGAUGCUUUUAGCUGUCAGCACCUGGAUGUUGUCUACAUCUAUCAGAAGCUUGUUUCUGAGAGAGCCUUCUUGUACACCGCCAUGCCCAAGCCGCUUGCAUUUGACGCAAAGCGACGUUUUUUUAACAAGAAUAUCAAUGAGGAGUUCCAGGACCAUCCAUCUAGAGUGCCAAAGUUGGUCAAUAUAAAUGUACUUGAAGAAAUUGCAAAUGUGCAUGCCCAUUAUGAACGGAUUAAGAAGGGUUUGUCUAUGUCCUCAUCCGUAAGUGUGACACUACUCAAUUUGACUGGCCAACUUCAGAAGUGCGCACUUGAGUUUCAGCAAUGGCAGGAAAAAAACACAAAAACGAAGAAAAAAGGCACUGAUGUGCAAGCCAAGAAAAACACUGAGCAGCUUGAGUCUUCCAGAAGAGCAGCCACACUUGCUUCUAUAAAGUCGAAGUCAUAUACCCAACUGUCGAAGGCAUCAAAAUCUCGACGACACAGGCAAGUAGAGAUGGACACCUCGGGCUCUGGAACAGACCAACUGCAGGAACAAUGGACCCCCCGUGGAAGAAGGCCACCCUCUCUCCGAGCUAGGACAUGGCAAAACCUAGGCAAAAAAGCAUCUCCGAAAGGGUCAGACGAACGAAGAAAAACCUGGCUCCUUACCGCCAUGGAGGAAGACAAAUCGGCAUUGGUACGCUAUCAAAACAACAGGUUUAAGUGGUGAAAUGGAAACACCCAAGUUUGUUUGCUGUCAGGAUUUUUUUUUUUUUUUAAUUUACUUUUAGAUUGGAUUCUGUUGGCGAGUAUUGUCCAAGAAGAGCAAUUGUAGAUCUUGUCCUAUUUUUAUUUGGUUUAGGGUCAUGCAGUUUGCAUUCGGUGUCCUUUUUAUUAAAGCAAUAACUGGGCUCUUUCAUUUAGUGUAACCCAUUGGUAUAUCUGGGAAAUGUAUGUUAAAUAAAAUGUAUGUAAACUC